AUGUUACUUUACAGUAUUUUAGCUGAAAGCAGUAAAGAAAUCAGAAGUUGUAAAUCAAAAUGGAGAUAAAUAUUGAUGAUGCAAGCAAGAGAAUUUCUGAUAUUCACCUGUCGAAGAGUUCAGGUGAGAACAAAGAAAACGAUGAUCCUGAUGAGGUAGAUCAACAAAAGUUUAAUGAAUUAGUGAUGAAAGCAAAGAAGCUUAUAGGUGAAGGAAAUAUUGAAGAUGCAUUGAAAUUGAAUAAGAAGGCUCUUGUUAUCUGUUACAGUGAAAAAUUGGCAAAGAAAAUCAAGAAAAUGGAGGAUUAUAUAAAGGCCCAUGCUGAUGAUUCUGAUGAAGAUGAUGAGCAUAACGGGAUGUUACAUCUAGGUAAAGGUUUUUACCUGUACCGUGAUCUCUAUAACAAUCUAUAUGCUCACCAGCAGGAGGGUGUUCUAUGGCUCUGGUCAUUGUUCAGAAGGAAAAAAGGCGGGAUUCUUGGAGAUGACAUGGGGCUGGGAAAAACAAUUCAAAUAAUAAGUUUCCUAUCAGGGAUGUUUGACAUGCAGAAGGUGAAGUCUGUUCUUAUAGUGCUACCUGUAGCUGUCAUGGUGAACUGGGAAAAAGAAUUCCAGAAAUGGGCACCAGGUCUAAAAGUUGUUGCUUACCAUGGUAACAGCAAAAGAGAAAAGGAAAGGGCCCUAGCUCGUGUCCAGAGGCGAGGUGGAGUGUGUUUGACUACAUAUGGUCUAGUAGUGACAAGCUGGGAGCAAAUAGGGCAACAAGAUGGCAGAGAAUUUGUAUGGGAUUACAUGAUACUGGACGAAGGACAUAAAAUAAAGAACCCUACGAAGACAAGUAAAGGUGUACAUGCUAUACCUGCCCAUAAUCGGAUCAUUCUCACCGGAACACCUGUUCAAAAUAAUCUCAAAGAGUUGUGGUCACUUUUUGAUUUCGUUCAUCAAGGAUCUUUGCUUGGCUUACAGAAAACAUUUAAAAUGGAAUUUGAAAAUCCUAUAACAAGAGCUAGAGAAAAAGAUGCUACUGUAGGUGAGAAGAAGUUAGGACUGGAAAUGGCAGAAAGUUUGAAGAAGAUUAUAGCUCCAUAUUUCCUCAGGAGAACAAAGGCCGAGGUGAAAGAAAGAGAGAAAGCUUCUAAAGACGAGCCAGACUCUGGUGUCACCCAUGCUGUCAUGCCAACAAUGACGAGGAAGAAUGAUUUAAUUGUAUGGACGUUCCUGCGAGACACACAACUGAAAAUAUAUCAAGACUUUCUCUCUCUAGAUUCAGUUAAAGAGUUGCUGAUGACAACAAAAUCACCACUAGUUGCUCUGAAUGUCUUGAAAAAAAUCUGUGAUCAUCCACGACUGUUGUCUACCAGAGCCUGUGCUCAACUUGGUAUACAAGAUGAAGGUUUAGAUGAUGACAUAUUAGAAACAGAAGAAGGGAAUUUAUCAGCUGUUACUCGUAUACAACAUAUUGCAGACAAUAUUCUGAUCAAUGAGUCGGGCAAACUUUUAUUUCUCGUCGAGUUACUUGACAGAUUGAAGGUGGAGGGUCAUCGGUGCCUGGUCUUCUCACAGUCACGUAAAAUGUUAGAUAUCAUGCAAAAAGUCAUAACAAACAGGGGUCAUAAGUUGAUGAGAUUGGAUGGAACAAUAGCUCAUGUACAAGAGAGAGAAAACAGAAUACAGAAAUUCCAGACUGAUUCCUCGUACAGUGUUUUCCUACUCACUACGCAGGUUGGUGGGGUUGGCCUUACACUGACAGCUGCAGAUAGAGUGGUUAUUU